AUGCAUCUGCCCUUCGAUAUCUCUCACUUGCAUCAUACGGCGGAGCAGCACUACGUAGAAUUGAUGUUUCAGGCAUCUCAUCUGUACGCCAGUUGGGAGCCUCUUAACCCCGUCAGAUUGGGGGACUACGGGAAGCUGGAAAGAGAUCAUUCGUUUUCUCGGGAGGGGAAUAUAUUCGACGACGGUCUCGCUGAGGAACUUCGCAUUGAGGAACAAGUGAACGCCGAGGACAGCGUACGUUUCAUUCAGUCCGAAACAGCUGAGGAGAAAUCUUUGUCUGUCGAUGCAGGAGGUUCUUAUGGUCCCGUUCAAGCGGGUAUCAAGAAGUCCUUCAAAAUUUCAGAUCACCAUGGUGCUAUCCUCGCCAUGGUGAAACCACGUCAUCACAGCCUCUCCUUCCCAGGUCGACUCUCGUCUCUUCUAGCUCGUCACAGCUGGUGGAGCCAUCGCGUCAUUGUAACCGAGUUAUACACCUGCUACUCGUACGCCCGCCUUUACGCUCCCAGACAGGAACGUCUUGUGGAAGUCAGCCUCGAUGCCUCUACUCCUAUCAAUGCCAUGCACGGCAAGGGAGAUCUCCACUGGCAGACGACCGCGCAGAGCUGCGACUUCAAGCAUCGGGAUGUAGAGGAAGGCGAGGUGCAGUCGAUCUGUUACCCUUUGUUCAAGCUGGUGGGACGGCACCAUCAUUUGCACCAUGGUCCUUACACGGAAGUCAGGUAUGACAAGCACGAUGACCUUCCCUUUGACCACCGUGUCGCUGCAGUCACUCUGCCGGGAGUGCAGUCCACGUCAAUGGCUCGCUCAUCUUCCAUGUUGUCUCAUGUAUCUUCUGCUACAACGGCACACGUACACUGGUGA